AUGGAGGCAAUUUUUCAUAUCCUUAUUGCGGCCAGUAUUGUUGCUCUUGUCUCGGGCCACGGCCGGCUUAUUGAUCCACCCAGCAGGAACUCAGCAUGGAGGUACGGUUUUGAAACACCGAGGCAAGAUACAGAUAACGAGCUUAACUGUGGCGGGUUUAAUGUGCAGUGGUCUACGAACAAAGGAAAGUGCGGUGUGUGUGGAGACGCCCAUCACUUAAGGCCUGGUAAAGCUCUUUAUACCCAUCCCGGAAAGUACGCGACGGGAACCAUCACUAAGACGUACAGGGAGGGACAGGAGAUUAAGGUAGUGGUAGACGUAACCUCCAACCAUCAGGGAUACUUCACCUUCAGCGUGGGCGACAUUGGCUCUCCUCCCAUAACUCAAGAGAAGCUGAGCUACGUGUUGAGGCAGCCCAAUGGCGACACCAAGUGGAAAAUCAACUCGCACGGGAACGACGUGUUUACGAUUAGGCUAAGACUUCCCAGGGGCUUGACAUGUGAUCACUGCGUAUUACAGUGGUGGUGGCGUGUGGGAAAUAACUGGGGAUGUGAUGGAAAAAGAGACUGUGGAAUGGGUAAAGGACCACAGGAAACCUUCGUAAACUGCGCCGAUAUUAGGAUCACGAAAAGCGACGGAAGUGUGCCACCACCGCCUGCUCCAACCCGCCCCCCGCCACCUACAGAGGCACCUCCGGAGCCUCCCAAGCCUACCAAGCCCCUGCCCACCAAUGCUCCUAACCCGGAAGGUUGCAGGUCAAUACCUCCGUACAAAAGUAAACAAAUGGACGACUGGUGUCGCAGAAAUUGCGCCACAGGAUACUGCCCAGCAACUCACUGCAAGUGCUCAAUGUAAAGAAGAUCCCCAUUACCUGAAGUUUGCAUUGAAUAAACUUGACAAUAAGACUGUACUCGGGUUUGACUUUUGAUUUCAUUCGAUGUAUCUGUGGGUUAAUAAAAUGUAUAUCAUACCAUUGGAAAGACUUAUGUGUUUCUUCAAGAUGACUGAGUUGUCUCUGCUUUGCGUUCAACUUCAUAUUUCACCGUUACCAACAUACCUGUGAUUCCUUCUACUCUUCAGCCCUCCACACUACGAACUAAAUAUUUCCUGAAGAUUUCUUAACUUUUAAACCACACUUAACAAUGAGUCAGUUUAAUUAUGACGAGUAACUAUACAUUUGUAACCACUCUUUUUCCACCAAAUCACUGAGACUGGCAAAUGUUCGAUGAAAACCUGCUCAGUUUUAUUCUUAAUGAGAACUCCAUGAGCCUUUCCUGACCUUUCUUAAAGGCUGGUAUUUCAUAUGGAGGUCGAUUUUGAUUCUGGUGCGUUUCCUUCAUUGACACGAGAUUGAAUAUUUAAGCACCCUUACACAUGCCCGUGCGAAUGUAUAUCACCCCUCUUUGUGAGAGGGGUGAUAACCCAUAAUAAUAAGAAGCCUGGCAUUCCCGCAGGUGCAAAGGACCCCCCUCACACCCCACUUGUCACAUAAAAUUAUCCUUACGACGGUCAAGCGUUUAAAAUGCAACCAGCGGGGGGAAGGAGAGGAGAGCGAUACGUAAUUUCUGCCGACGGCUAUUAUUUUUUGUGUGUAUACGUUUCAAAGAUGUGCGCGACGCUUGAGCGCGAGAACAAACAUGAUCUUAUUUUCGCGCUCAUUAAAUAAAUCUUCUGCAGCUCUUGUUCCAUCCACAUGACAUAUGAGAGAAUAAAGGGCCUGUGGCCGGACUAAAAUUGGUGUGAAACCGUGGAGUCUAAACAGAAUUUAGCGUUGGAAAAUAGUUUUUGCCCCAUCUUCCCAUCGGGUAAAACUUUCAUAUUAAUCUAACUUUUACUAUACCUCCUAUUUCGGCAUUAGGCAACGAUUUUGACGCCAGAAACUGAGUUUAACGCAGAACUGUACGCAAGGAUUUGGAAACGACCACGAGGAUUAAGCGAAGACCGUUUUUUUCUUUUGUUUUCUUUUCUUCCUCUUCUUCUUUAUUUUUUUGGAGGUUUUUAUUGAGUUAUUUAAGACACAUUUCCCAAAGGAACGGGCAACAAACGCGAAGAUUACGUGCGCUACAUUGAUCAACUUUGCUUUUACUAGCGUUAGAAAUUUUGAAAUGUAAAAGUGCGAAUUGCCCUCGCAUAAACCACGCUCAUUUAAAUCUGUUUAUCUUUAUCGUGUAGUGAGCAAAAUUGAUGAAAACCCUCCACUCUCCAGUACCCUCUCUCUUCCUAAUUUGCAAACUUAGCAACACCUAUGUAUGUACCUUAUAAAAUUUAAAUACCUACUUUUCUGUAAUAAAAUUUAAUUCGAGCUCAGUUUAUAUAAACACGACUAUUUAAUUUUCCGGCAUCAUAUCUUCGAUUCUCCGCAAUAACUUGCGUUUUACUCCAAACGAAAUCAGCAUUUUUCGUGAUAUUAAACGUGAUAUAGAAAUGUAUCGUCUCUAGAGCAACCUUUUGCUUUUGACUUAUUCGCCAUGUGUGUAGCUAGAUCUCAACUGUGUUUACAUCUUGUGCGCUUUUAUUUACAAACCAAAAAAGUGUGAGUGCACUGUUUGCAUAUCCAGUACAUAUGUCGUCCAAACGCCAAAAAUUCUAAGUAAGGUUUGAACACAUCCUGCUUAUGUUAAAAUAAGCGAACAGCCAACCUGUUUCAACUUUACAGACCAGAUGACAGUCGUCAACCCACUUAAGGGCGUUGCUUAUGAGACAGGGGGAGGGGGAAUAUCCGCUUGCGAUCCCCUCUUUGUUGUGAAAAAAGUGGUACUUUGUAAAAGAGCACUUUGACGUGCUUUAGAGUGUUAAUGCGACAUUUGGGCAAGAAUCCCCCCCCCUGCCGUCUAUGCGCCUACCACGUUUUAAAUUGACCUGCUGCUCGAAUGAGAUCACAAACGCUAAGAAGGUGCCAUACUGAGUUUUCGUGAAACAUGGCAGCGAGUUUGCAAGUUUUUAUCGUACUAAACGUUAUCACUUUAGUUCUUGGUCACGGCAGCCUUAUUGACCCAGCUAGCAGGAACUCGGCUUGGAGGUUUGGUUUUGAUACACCGACGCAGCAUACCGAUAACGAGCUGAAUUGCGGUGGCUUCAGCGUUCAGUGGAAGACGAACAAAGGAAAGUGCGGCGUGUGUGGAGACGCGUACCAUUUUAAGCCUGGUAAGGCUCUCUACACUCACCCUGGAACGUUCGCCACGGGAACCAUCACUAAGACGUACAGAGAGGGACAGGAAAUUACGGUGAUGGUAGAAGUUACCUCCAACCACCAGGGAUACUUCACCUUCAGGGUGGGCGACAUUGGCUCUCCUCCCAUUACUCAAGAGAAACUGAAAUAUGUAUUGAGGCAGCCUAAUGGCGACACCAGGUGGAAAAUCAACGUGCCCGAAGACAAAAUCUUUGAGAUCAAGCUGAGACUUCCCAAAGGCCUUACAUGUGAUCACUGCGUGUUGCAGUGGUGGUGGCGCGUGGGAAACAGUUGGGGAUGCGAUGGGCCUGAUGACUGCGGAAUGGGCAAAGGACAACAGGAAACUUUCGUAAAUUGCGCCGACAUCAGGAUCACGAAAAGCGACGGAAGUGUGCCACCACCUCCUCCAACACGGCCUCCCCCACCCACUGAGAAGCCUCCGAAGCCUACCGAGCCUCUGCCUACCAAUGCUCCUAAUCCGAAGGGCUGCAAAGCCGUAGGCCCCUGGACAGGUAACAAAGCCAUAGACGAGUGGUGCGUCAAAAACUGCGCCAAAGGUAACUGUCCAGCCAACAUGUGCAAGUGUCCGAAGUGA